AUAAUAUCCCCAGCACGAGCAACAGUACAACGCGAGUGAAGAAGAGAUGAUGGGGCUGACAAGGAGGGAAGGGAGGCAGAGGCGAGUCAACCCCAGCCCGCCCGGUCACCGGCCGGAGGGGAGAAUGGCGGAGACAGCUCCGACCCACCGGCUCCGCGCGCGCGCCGAGGCGGCGGUGGCGUCCCUGGUGGACGUCCGCCUCCACGAGAUGCCCCCGCUGACCAGCGCCGCCUCCACCUUCUUCUUCAUCCUGAGCGCCUACUUCGUGGUGCUGCCGCUGCGGGACGAGGGGGCCAUCUCGCUGGGCCUCGGCGCCCUCCCGGGCCUCUUCGCCGGCUCGCUCGUGCUCACCAUCCUCGCCGCCCCCGUCGCCUCCCUCGCCUUCUCGCUCCCAUCCGUCCCCAAGUCCAGGGCUUUGGUUUUGAUACACAGGUUCUUCAGCAUAUCCCUUCUUGUAUUUUUUGUGCUUUGGCUUGCCUCGAAGCCGGGCUCCCCAUCUACCGCCCAGUCAAGUGAAGAUGGUUCAAAUAAACCUGCUGGGUGGGGAAACCAUAGCUGGUUAUACAUAGUUGUGAGAAUAAGCUUCUUUCUCUGGGUUGCUUUGCUUAAUCUCAUUACAAUAUCAUCCACUUGGGCAAGGGUAAUUGAUGUCAUGGACAGUGAGUCAGGUUCAAGAUUGUUUGGUUUUAUCGGGGCUGGUGCUACGCUAGGGCAACUUUUUGGUUCUUUGUUUGCUGCAAGCAUGGCAUGGAUGGGACCCUUUCUGCUCCUAUUUUCCUCCCUCUUGAUGGAACUUGCUGCGCUGUCAUCUAAAGGAAUUUGCAUUGAUGCUAAUCAUGGUUCAACAGAAUUGCCAUCAACAGGAGCAGAACCAAGUCAAAAUACCGAGCUUGGUGAUGAAAUGUCUUCACUGGUCACUUCACCUAGAACACCUUCCCAAUCUCAAAAGACAAAGCCUGGGAUUUUUGUGAUGUUUGAAGGUUUCUGGCUGAUCAUGCGCUCGCCCUACCUGAUAUACAUAUCUCUGUUUCUAUGGCUGAGUGCAGCUGUCUCAUCCUUCUUUUACUUUCAGAAAGUAACUAUAGUUGCUACUACAAUAUCAAGUCCAACUGCCAGAAGGAGAACAUUUGCACUGAUAAAUAGCUUUAUAGCAGUUUUUAUUCUUGCCGGACAGCUCACUUUGACGGGUCAUAUCCUUACAGUAGCUGGUGUAACAGUUGCUAUUUGCGCAUCUCCAUUUAUUGCUGCCUCAAAUUUGGUUGCCCUUGCUGUAUGGCCAACUUGGGUUGCUGUUGCCGUCACUGAAACAAUUCGAAAGGUAACUACCUAUGUUUUGACUAGACCUGGAAGGGAGUUAUUAUUUACUGUUGUCUCACAGGAUGAGAAGUACACAGCCAAGGUCUGUAUAGAUGUUAUUGUUCAAAGGCUUGGUGAUGCGACAGCUGCUGGAAUUUACACAUUACUUUUCAGCAGCUUUGAGAAGAAAAUAUCCAUUGUCAACCUCUAUGCAUUGCCGAUUCUUGAUGAUUUGCCCUUAUGCACGGUAUGGAAUUGCAAUACAAAAUCAGUGACCAAACUGCACUGGCCCAAAUUAGUUAGCUCCCCGUUUGACUAUUUCCAUUCCUCUGUUGAUCCGUAUUCCUGCUGGCUCGCCAUGACUCGCAGUCGUGUCUCUCGCCGUCGUGCUUCAUGAACCUGCCUUGUUCGAGAACAAGUAGGCCGAGGUCAACGACCUGAAAAGAGAAGCCGAGGUCGACGACCUCAACCAGCAGCUCGCCAGGCGAAAGCAUCCGCCGUUGUCAACCACUAUGAUUCCAUCAAGUUCGCUUCAAACGCAAAUAGGAAAAAGCUUCCUGUUAUCUGUGUGACCCCACAACCCGCACGCAUCCCCUCCUGGGCCGCAGCAAUGGCCACCGCCGCCUCCCUCCCCUCCGGCGCUGCUCCUUGCCUCCCGUCCUCUUCUUGGAGGCCAUGGCGAAGACCACGCGCUGGUGCCUGGUGGUCUCCAAAACACGCGUCAUCGACCCACUAGGCCGCCUCGCCAAGGGGACGGACGACGACGACCGCCCCUGCUUUUGGUCAAGCGCCGGCUGCAGUGCGCGCACAGGCUGCGUGACCUCGCUCUCGUUGCCCACCGCGUUGCUCCCCAGUCGCCUCCCCUGCCCGUUCCUGCGCCUCGACACACUCCUCGCCUGCAACAACCUGUCUGGACGAUGACGAUCAGACGGAGCCGGCCGUGCCGCCGUGCAGCUUCCGUCUACCUUCAUGACUUUGGACAAGAUGAGGACGAAGGGCAUUUUAGAUAUUUUCUUGUGGGUCUGUACAAUCGGGGGCAAAUCAUCAAGAAUCUUAGAAAUAUGUGGCAAAUAAUCGAUGACAAGGAAAACUAGGGCAAAUCCUCAAAGUGCAAACAAACCUGUGGCAAAUCCUCAAAGUGCAAACAAACCUGUGGCAAAUCCUCAAAUUCCCCAAUUAAGAUACACUUUUCUCGUGUGAAGAUGCUUUGACUGGAAAAGUGUCCAUGUCUGGAUAUUUGGCUGCUCAAAAGUGUGUAUGCUCCCACCAAAGCGUUCAAAGUCUGGGGAGUUCUUUGCUAGCUUUUUUUUUCUUUGCUAGCUGAACUGCUGAACACAACUGAAUAUAUAAUACAUGCUGAAAUUUAAAAUAUCUUGCUUCAAACCUUUUACCUAUCUCUACUUGUAUGUUAAAACCUGGUUAACUUUGCCAACUACUGCUGACCCUUCUUAUUCCACAACUAGUACAAUUUAUGGGUUUGCUAAACACAACUGCCUGAAUUUUUGAUAACUCAGUGGAUUUUGUGGUUGCUGGAUCUGCGCAGAGAUGCGUUUGAGAGAUGUGCUUUUAGGAAUAAUCAAUGAGCUGGGUGGGGUUUGAGCCCAUGACCUCUCGCUGCACACCUUACUUGACUACUGCCACCAUACCAGUUGCACUCUUUUGUACUCCCUCCGAUCCAAAUUAAUCGAUGCAGCUCUAGUACAACUUUGCACGAGAGCUGCGUCGAUUAAUUUGGAUUACAGGGAGUAGUUAAGGUACACCUUUUGUUUUUUUGUUGUGUAAUUACACACCUUUUCGGAAUCUGACUGUGUUUCAUUGAACUCUCAGCGAUUAGAUUCCAUGCGGUCCCUACAAAUUUCCAGAUAAAUAUCUUGGUGUUAACUGUGCAGCAUUUUUUGGGGGUCCUGGGAGAUAUGUCUAAUGGUUUGUGCUUACCUUUU